AUGGACACCCAUAAGAAAGGAGUCAUGUACGUUUAUAAGUUUGGCGGUGGAAAUCUCAAUCCGGAGUCUAGUCCAAAUCCAGCGGUGACCAAGAAAAAAUCUGUUUGGGGACUAAGAAAAUCGAAGUCCUAUAGAGAAACCGAGCAUGCAUAUGGUGGAUUGAAGGGGAUAGUAAAUGGAGGAGAUCAGCAUAUGGUUGAGGCAAGAAAAUCAGUGUGCGUCAUCGAGGCAAGAAAAUCAGUGUCACACUCACACAUAGAAGCCAGAAAAUCGGUGUCACACUCGCACAUAGACACGAAUGUGGCGUCGGCGGCGGCGUUUCUUCAAGUGAAGGUCUUGGUUUCUGACAUGCCUGGGUUCAUGCAGGUGCAUGCCUUUCAGUGUGCAAGGCGAACUUAUGAUAGUUUGGAGAAGUUUAGCUCUAAACACUUGGCCUAUAAUAUGAAGAAGGAGUUUGAUAAGGUGUAUGGGCCGGCCUGGCAUUGCAUCGUGGGCUCGAGUUUCGGUUCAUUUGUGACCCAUUCAACAGAGAGCUAG